ACGACCUAAAAGGAAGAAACAAAAUCUAUAGACUUGUGUUCUCUCCACUUUGCCGCUCCCUCCUCUUCUGAUCUUGUCCGUGAAAAACAUUUCUUCACCUCUUUAUCUCUCUUAGGGUUUCUCUUUCCCUCUCUAACACAUGGCGGAUGCUUAUUGGAGGUACAGCGACUCACGGCAACCUCCGUCGCAGUCGAUUUCUCAGCUUGUCGGAAAACGCUCUCGCGCCGACUACGAUGUCCCUGGUGGUCAUGAGCUGCCCAGUUAUUAUGCUCGUGAUGAUGAUAGGGGAACACUUCGUGGAAUUAGAGAUACUGACUCCAUUGGAGCAUCUUAUGAUCGUUACCUCCGCAGUGCGCAAGUUUCAUCUUAUGGUGGGGGACAGUCUGCUAGAUCCAUUGGUGGGGGAAUAUCGAGUCGGGCUGUUGAUGAUCCUCGUAUUGUGGGUAUUGGGAGCAUGGACCCAGGUACAACUGUGAAGGACAGAACCUUGGGAUAUGGAGGUGGAAGGUCUGAGGUUCCCCUUCCUCCUGAUGCUUCCAGUACACUGUUUGUGGAGGGCUUGCCUGCCAACUGUACACGACGAGAAGUGGCUCAUAUCUUUCGCCCUUUUGUUGGCUACAAAGAAGUGAGACUCGUAAGCAAGGAAUCGAGACAUCCUGGGGGAGAUCCACUGGUACUUUGUUUUGUUGAUUUUGUAAGUCCAGCCCAUGCUGCCACUGCCAUGGAUGCCUUGCAAGGUUAUAAAUUUGAUGAGCAUGACCGUGACUCGGUCAAUCUAAGGUUGCAAUUUGCUCGCUAUCCUGGUGCGAGGUCAGGUGGCGGGCAUCGUGGCAAGCGUUGAAUUAUGCAGUUUUGCAGGAUUCGCUCAAAUUGGAGAGGUUAUGAUAAUGAGGGGCGAUACGACGGACUUGCGGUUUCGUGAAUUACAGGCGCUUUCGUUAGGAACAACAUGAACCGUGUGGUUUUCAUUAAGUCGAGGACGAUUGCUAGAGAUUUGGAGUGUGCUUUUCUUUUCGAGUACUGUGAACUAUUUCUGCCUUUGGUUUGUUUCGCUCUGCAUGUGACUUUAUUUAUCCUUGGAGAUGGUGUAAACUUAUGCUUUUCCUAAACCUUUCGGCUUAUUCUGUUUUCAAGAUAUAUCUCUAGCGUAGUGAGGGUCGAAGUAGGUAGGAUAAAGUUGACAUGUGGUGUAUUAUUCAGUUCAUUGGAUUUCUAUCCUAAAACCUUUUUUUAUUGAAAAAAGGAGGACGAAAACUGGUGUAGCAUUCA